UAUCCAAGUUCAGCCAGCCACCAACUUUUCCUUCAAAUUUUAUUAUAAAAUGGUUCAAGGCAAAACCAAGGGCCUUCAAAACAAGGCCUCGUCAUCCAGACAUGCUGCCAAAGCAGCUGCUAAUCCGAAGAAAGGGAGGAAGCAUAUCCCUCCUAAGAAAGCCGUACUUGUGCAGCAAGCUUCUAUGCAUAGGUCACUCUCAGCCAAGAUUAAUCAUUCUAUAGAGAAACAAAUGGUAUCUGCGGCGUCAUCGGGAAAGCUGACUAUCAUGAAAAAUACAACUGAUGGGGAAUCUUCGAAGGGUUCCAAGUCUUCAAGCAAGGGCGGUAAAACCUGAACUUCAAUUAUCUGUUUUCCGAUGUCUUUCGUUCACAUCCAGAAACCCAGGCAUUAGAUUAAAUGCCAAUUACAGAGAGCCUUCGGUACUCCAACUCUGAAGAACAAAUAUGUGAUAUCGUGGCAUUCGUCUACCUUUUUUUGCCUCGGUUAUUGGCCUUUUGAGGCUAACUGAAGGGCACUCACGUCCACUUAGAAGCAAAGAGAUAUAUACCACGCUAAGCAGCGGAUUAGCUCACUAUACUGCACAUGUAGUAUUGGUGAAAUUGCAUAUGGCGAGAACUAACAAGACAGUGGAAAGUCCAAGAAAGUGUGAGGAUGCGGAUGAUGUACCAGAUGUAAAAGGGGAGCAUGCAACAGAUUGACAAGAUGUCAUCAGAGUACUGGUGGAGAUGCAAACACAUUGGAACCCUACAAGAACAACAGUAUGAUGAAUGAGGUGAUGCAAGAAAUGCGGAAGAUAAUGAUUGCAAAGCAUAAUCGCGUGUAGAGGAUGCAUGAGUAUAGAUGCUCGUAGAUCUUGUCGUGGAUCAAUCAAUAUCGUAGUCUUAGUAUGAAAUGGAUCUGUAUCAUUUUGACAAAACUUAAUGUACCCUUUGGAAUUGAGCCGUAGCCAUUCGAAGUCCAAAGGAAACAGGUGAAGGACAUCAUCUUUUCUCCCGCGUAAAUGG